GGUAGCACUAAUUAUAUAUUAACUUUGAAUAUGCCUCAACUGGCAAAACAGUCCAUAGAAAGUCUUAAUAGUAUUACCAUUGAAACCAUACAAUUGGAAUCGUUGGGUCGUAUAGCAGAGUUGGGUGAAUUUUACGAUAAAAGAUACGAUAAAUUUACGGGUAUUAACAUAUUUAAACGGAAAUUGUUGUCGGAUGACCAUGUUGCAUCAAUUGAAAAUAAAUAUACUAACUUGAAAUUUGGUUUUGAACAAUGUAUUUCCGAUAAAUUUCAUCAAUGGGACCUGGGUGCUGAACUACAGUUAAGUGUACUAGGUGGUUAUUUUGAAUUUAAUGGUGCGGCCGAGUAUUUUAAAUCAAGAAAAUCUAGUGCCCGGAGCACCAGACUAACAAUGGUUGAGACAAUUAACACCCGAUACGAGUCAAUCAAUUUGGCCGACAAAACACUUAGUCCGGCUAUCAAUUGGGAUGCGUUGUCUGAGAUUCAGUUUACACAUAUAGUUGUCGGUAUUCAAUGGGGAGGUAAAGUCAUUGUACAGAUAGAUGACUCUAACGAUCAAAAUGAAGAUAUUGUUAGCAUUGAGGGUCGUUUAGGCGCUAAUAUUAACUUAUUAUUUAAUAAAAUUUCCGGAGAAGUUUCGAUAAACAAUACAGACAUCGAUUGGCAACAAUUAGGAAAAUAUAAAUUUGAAGUUUUUGGCGAUAUAUUGCCCGACUAUUCGCCCGUUUCUAUUGAAGACGCACUGGUAUUCAUGCGAAACACACCUAAACUACUGGUCAAUGGUAAUGAUGGUAAAGGCAAACAAAUGACACACAUAUUGAUGCCAAUCAACACAUUUCGACAGUUGUGGCAAUUGGAUGGCAGUAAUGAUAGUACUAUUGUUGUCAACAUUGACCCUCAAGUAAUCGACAAAUGUGUUAAACUGUUUGACGAUAUGAACUCAAUUGAACAGAAACUUAACGAUUAUUAUAUUAGUAUUAAUCGGUUCAGAGAUAACUUAAAAGCCGAGCAUCUGGACUAUGUAAGCCAAUUGAAAGCAAAUUAUAGCAAAUAUCAGGAACAGGUAUCUCAUGUAUUGCAUAAUAUGCUAAUAGAUGUUAGAUCAGGUAUAGUAGGUGUCGAAAAAUUAGAGGAAACUUUAUUUACGUUUAUUAACGAUGAAUAUUCUAUGGAUAACAUGUUUGCCAAACUAAAUAAUUUGGAAAAACUUCAAUUUAAAUUAUCAAUAUUUGAUCGGGUUAAAUCUAUCAAAAAUAUCCAUAUAAUUAACAAGUAUACUAAUUUUGCUAAUUACUAUGUUGCUAAUUACAAUAAAAUUGUCAUCAUGUUAAUGUACUCAUAUGAUGUUGACAUUCAUUAUGAUAAUUUGGAAACCAUUAAUAUAUUAGAUAAUAUGAUUAGACGAUUGCCGCAAAAUCUUACCAAUGAUUAUGCGUAUUAUGCAAUCAAUUACGAAAUUAUAGACAAUAAAAUGCAACAAUUGUUUAAUAUUAGUAAAUAUAAUAUUACGACAAAACAAACCACAAUUGCCUUCUAUCGUAAGGGACGGCUUAUCAACCAAACCAUACCAGAGAUUGGCGAUCCAAUCAUCUAUAUAUUAGGCGGUGCUUUGGGUAACAAAAUGCUUGCAUAUAAUAUCAGACUAAAAGACUUUCGGGGAGUCAAACCAUUUGCUUAUAAAGUAGACAAACAUAAAAUGAUUGCUUUCAAUAAUUUUAUUUAUCUCAUCGGUGGUAGAAUUGGAGAUACGACAUCACAUAUUGUUGAAAGAUAUGAUCAAAUAAAUGAUAAUUGGCAUCGAAUGGCAUCAUUGAAUAUACAAAGAUAUUCAAUGGGCGCCGCAGUUAUGGAUAAUAAAAUUUAUGUUUGCGGUGGAUAUAAAAGUAAAGACAAUAAGUUAUAUUCGUGUGAAUACUAUGACUAUAUAAUUAAUGAAUGGAUAUUUACGACACCAAUGAUUAAUCUGCGGACAAACUUUCAAUUGAUCUCACAUUUUGACAGUUUGUACGCAAUUGGUGGCGAAAUUAGCGGCAAAACAAAUAGUGUUGACAGAUAUAGUGUUGUCAGCAAAAAGUGGACACCGAUCACAUCUAUGAACCAAGCUAGGACUGGUCACAGUGCCGCUGCAAUGAUGGGACAGAUAUAUGUUUGUGGCGGUAAUGAUCUCAAAACAUGUGAAAUGUAUAAUCCGGACAAAGAUAUCUGGAAAACAAUAGAAUCGAUGAAUGAAAAAAGAUAUUUAUUUAAUUUAAUUUCAUAUAACAAUAUAUUAUAUGCAAUCGGAGGACGAGAUAAUGAUGGUUGGUUUGCAAAAAAUUUUGAGUCAAUUGAAAUUUUUGAUAAUACAACUGGAAAAUGGUUUUACAGCAAUACAAUGCCGGAAAAGAUUUAUGACUUUGAGGCGUCAUUAUUGGUUUACUAAUAUUUAAUAUAUAUAAAUGUAAUAAUUUU